AGUGCGGUGUUUCUGCUGUUGCGGAUCCAAAAUGGCGGAGUGAGCAGCUGCCGCUUUGGUGAAUUCUAACUGACUUGAGCGCAAGAUGGCAGCUUCAGUGGAAGACGAGUUUGAGGAUGCGCCCGAUGUAGAGCCUUUAGAGCCGACAUUAAAGAAUAUUAUAGAGCAGAAAUCACUCAAAUGGAUAUUUGUGGGUGGUAAAGGUGGCGUGGGCAAGACAACGUGCAGCUGCAGUCUGGCGGUUCAGUUAGCGGCGGUGCGAGAGAGCAGUUUAUGUGCUGUUCGUGUGAGCUUUGUGUGUGAGUUUAAGUUGAGGACCAAAGUCAAGGGCUACGACAACCUCUUUGCCAUGGAGAUCGACCCCAGUCUUGGUGUGGCAGAGCUGCCUGAUGAGUUCUUCGAGGAGGACAACAUGCUCAGUAUGGGGAAGAAGAUGAUGCAGGAAGCCAUGAGCGCUUUUCCCGGCAUCGACGAGGCCAUGAGCUACGCAGAGGUCAUGAGGUUGGUGGGAGUGAUUUUUUUUUUGGUGGUGUUUUUUGAGGCGGCUACUGGGGGAAAUAUUCUUCUUCUGAUCUUCUUCCCCACCAUCGUGGAGAGAGGACUGGGCCGCCUCAUGCAGAUCAAGAACCAGAUCAGCCCCUUCAUCUCACAGAUGUGUAACAUGUUGGGCCUGGGAGACAUGAAUGCAGAUCAGCUGGCGUCUAAACUGGAGGAGACGCUCCCCGUCAUCCGCUCAGUCAGCGAGCAGUUUAAGGACCCGGAGCAGACGACGUUUAUCUGCGUUUGCAUCGCAGAGUUCCUGUCUCUGUAUGAGACGGAGCGUUUGAUUCAGGAGCUGGCCAAGUGUCGCAUCGACACGCAUAACAUCAUCGUCAACCAGCUGGUUUUCCCCGACAGCGAGCGGCGGCCCUGCAAGAUGUGUGAAGCUCGACACAAGAUUCAGUCCAAGUACCUGGACCAGAUGGAGGAUUUAUAUGAAGAUUUCCACAUAGUAAAGUUGCCUCUGCUGCCUCACGAGGUUCGAGGAGCGGACAAGGUCAAUACUUUCUCCAAGCAGCUGCUGGAGCCCUACAGCCCGCCCAAGAAGUGACUGAAAUGAUUUCCACGGAUCAAACACACACCAUCGCAUCCCUCGUCCCUGAUACAUGCAUCCCUCUGGUGUUCACAUCUCCACACCUUUAUUUUCCCCCUCUCGCUGUCUCUCUACUCUCUCUGGUUUUCUGGUCAUGUCAUGAUUGAUGCCGCCAUGUUGCUCCAGUGAUCCGUUAUGAAUGUCGGCCGAGAGUUAAAAGGCCUGUUUAGAAACAAAGUUUUGAUGGUUUAUGUUGCUUUGUGAUGAUGUAUUUAAGCUUUAGAAACACUCAUUCCUGAUGUGUGUUCAAGAAAGGAGAUUUAUAUUGAUAUCAGUGCAGGAAUGUACGUCUGGACUCUGAUUCAGUGGUUGAACAGGAGUAGUAUCAGUGUAAAUGUCUGUCUCUAGUUCAGUUCCGAUUAACCUGGCACAUCUGAUUUAGGAUCGGUGAAUGAUACCAUUAACUUUUGUUUCAGGUUCUGGUCAAUAUUAAUAGACUUUAUUUUGGUUCUUGAUCCGGGCUGCGUUUCCCAAAAGCAUUGUAUGCCUGAAUACAUCAUAGACCCAUUGCCACCAAUGGAGCUACAAUCAACUCAGGCUUACGAUGCAUUUAGGAAAGGCAGCCCUGGUCAGUAUUGAUGUUCAAUGAGAGGGUCCAAAAAUGGGGGGAUGAUGCAUAUUUAGUGAGUUAAAGGGAUAGUUCACCCCCCAAAAAGAUAAUUUUGUCAUUUUUCUUAAUUAUUAUGUU